CCUGCGGGUCUUCGCCUCCCCUGACGCUCCCCGCGCGCCAUGGACGGACAGCAAGGGCGGCAGCGGCCGGAGUCCGGCAAGAACCUCAUAAAGAUCCCGUCCUACCAAGAGGUCUUCGGUACUACCUCCUCCUCCUCCUCCUCCUCGGCGCCUACCUCCUACAACCCUCCACUCCCCGCCACCGCCGGCGCCGCCGCCUCUUCGUCGUCCUUUUCCGAGGCCUUCUCCUUCCUCAAGUCCUCCGAGUUCUACUCCCCGCCCGCGCCGCCGCCGCCGCAACCCUCCACCGCCCCGAGGCCGCCUGUGGCUGGUCCCUCCGCGGCGGCGGCCCAGAGCAAGAAUGCCAUUCUCGUGAGCAAUAGGCAGAAAGGGAACCCAUUACUGAAGCACAUCAGGAACGCGAGGUGGACGUUUGCUGACAUCGUACCGGACUACGUGAUCGGGCAGUCUUCGUGCGCACUGUACAUAAGUCUCCGGUACCAUCUUCUUCACCCCGACUACUUGUACUAUCGGAUAAGAGAGCUCCAAAAGAAUUUCAAACUCCGUGUCAUCCUGUGCCACAUAGAUAUUGAAGAUGUAGUAAAACCUUUACACGAAGUUACAAGGACAUCACUGCUACAUGACUGCACCCUUCUGUGUGGCUGGAGUCUGGAGGAAUGUGGCCGGUACUUGGAGACUAUUAAAGUGUUUGAAAACAAGCCAGCUGACAGCAUUCGUGAGCACACGGAUAAUGACUAUUUGUCUCGGUUCACUCAUGCUCUUACAUCCAUCCGGCGUGUUAACAAAACAGACGUUAUCACACUUGGUUCAUCUUUUGGAUCACUUUCUCGAAUAAUGGAUGCUUCCAUGGAAGAACUAGCUCGUUGUCCAGGAAUUGGUGAGCGGAAGGUAAAACGCCUUUAUGAUACUUUUCAUGAGCCAUUCAAACGAGUUACGCCCCGCCCAAACCUUGUUGUACCUGAUACUCCCGACAGAGAGAAAGCGUCUGGUGGCACACCAGAUGCAGCAGAAAAGCCAGGCGCAUCGAAGAACAAGAAAGGCUCUGAUGUUAAAUCGGCCCUUACUGCUGCCUUCGCGAAGUACUCAGAAAAGAUCCGCAACCAGGGCCGUGAUGCAGCACAUGAGGCUGGUGAAGGUACUAGCAGUUCAACCAUGGAAGAUGAUAAGACAAACCAAUUAGAUUAGCGAUAGGAAGUGCCAAGCUCAAAUGUCCUGAUGUUGUUGCAGUUGUAAUAUUAGCCACCUCCGUUUACUGCUCGACAAGGGUGGAUUUUGAAAUGAACUUGUAAGUUAGGCCUUCCCUUUUAUUAACAUUGUAGUGUAGACCUUCCCUUUUCUCAACAUAACUUGCUGUUUUUCUUUCUUCUUUCUAUGAAUACUUUUUUUUCUCUGUCUGAGAACUCUUUGAGCCACCCAAGAGGGCACAGGAAAUUGUAAUCUCAAUUUGACAAAACAGUGCGAUUCUUCACUGCUCUUUUUCAUCAACUGAAGCGGCAAUUAACAGAAAGCUUUAUUUGCUUUGAUCUUUAAGUA